GAGACGCGUCAGUUAACAGACGACCUCCGUUCCGUCGAAUGUGAGGAAGCUUUUCUUUUUGUCUGUGAAAAUUUCGGUGUUCUCGGUAUUCGGAGGCUGGUCGUUGGUUCGCGUAUCUCGAGGGGCAAGCUUGUGUAAUCAUGAAAAGUGUGAGACUGUGCGAGAUCGGCUAGUAUCAACGGCAAAUAAAGAACGAGUCGGAGACGAGAUCUCGUCGGCGAGGAUGGCGUGCAACGGUAAUCGCCGUAUCUGAGCGCCCGGACAAAGUGAAAGAGAGCGAGAGAACGGAAGACGAGGGAUCGCGGAAGCACACGUACCCAGGGGAACGAUGCUGUCGGCGAGGCAUGUCGGGAUGUCGAACGAGAUCUGUUCAGCGGACGGCAAGCGUUCGAGUUCGUAGCUGGGGACCGGUCACCUGGUAGGACAACACCGCCUUCCCUCGCAACCAACAAGUUAGACCGAGGAGGAGGGAGUACGGGAAGACGAAAGAAGACCGUGAUUCCGGAAACUACCUACUAGCAGAGUAGAAACAGGAAGAUAAGAAAUAUUUUGGUAACUCUUAGCGGACGAUUUAGCGGGUGCAUCGGUGGGGGAUCGUUUGGUUCAGCGCACGAGAUCGGUCGAUUGAUCCGUCGCGGUUCCGGAGACAACCAGUGAUCAGCCGGAUCGAGGUCCUCGAGCCGCGCGAUCGCAACGUAGUGGUGAAACGCCGGUCAAAGUGAAGUGCCCAGGUCUCGGUGAGAUGGCCUUCAUGAUGAAAAAGAAGAAGUACAAAUUCUCCGUGGAGGUGGACCUGGAGGAGCUGACCGCGGUGCCGUUCGUGAACGCGGUGCUGUUCGCGAAGCUUCGGCUGCUCGACGGUGGUUCAUUUGUCGAUCAUUCGACCAGGGAGGAAGUGCAGGAGCACACGGUCAGGUGGAACGCAAGGUUCGAGUUUCUCUGCAAGAUGAGUGCUAACGCGUCGACCUGUGUCCUGGACCCCUGCAUUUUAAGGAUUUCCGUCAGAAAGGAAUUGAAGGGAGGCAGGUCCUUCCAGAAGCUCGGCUUCACCGACCUGAACCUCGCGGAAUUCGCAGGAGCUGGACUCUGCAGAACGAGGUACCUUCUGGAAGGCUACGACGCGAGACACCGGCAGGAUAACUCCAUGCUACGCGUCGCGAUCAAGCUGAACAUGCUGUCGUCGGACAUCCUGUUCAAAGUGCCCUCUCCGUCGUUGAAGCAAACGCAGCUCGCGGUGCCCGGUGUGCCAGGAGUUCCAGGCGUGACGGCGGACGAAGUGACCGCGUCGGACAGAUGUACCAACCGAGAGGAUUACGUCUCCAGCGGUUCGCUAGCCGGUAGUAUAGCUAGCGCUAGCAGCGGUUUCGGCAGUCUUCCUAAAAAGAGGCCUGCCCUCUUUUCCUCGGAGCUCCUCAGUGGGACAGAGUCGCACGAGCCCAUGACUCUGAGCGAGAUCAUCCCGUCGGCUCUUCCAGUGGUGGAGACUCUGGCUGAAGCGCACACGGAGUCGGGCCAUUCCCGCAACAGCAGCAACACCAGCCAAUUGAGCAAAGGAUCGGGCUACGGGUCCUUGAAUUCACACAGUCAGCACAGUAGGCAGAGCAGUAGUGGUGACAGUGGCCACAUUAGGUCACCCUCCUGGCCGGUAUGGGCUCCACGUAUUCCUAACCCCUCGCAGAACCUACCCGCUCCGAGUCAUCAAGCGGACAAGCCCGAGGCUUGUCUCGAUACUGAUUCCCCGUCCUCGUCUUCCUUGAUGCUUCUGGAUCCACGAAACAGGUUCUGGCCUGGGUCGAGUCCCGUCUCAUCCAGAAACAAUAAAACAAACCCUCGGAACUCGAAGACGUCUUCUAGCGUUGCGGCGCGUCUAUCAUCGAGCGAUCAAGUAGAGAUUGCAUCUAGAAACGGUAUCUCGAACAACGUAGGCCACCUUGGUCCCUGUAACGACGAAAUCGUUGACGAAGAGGUGGUCAACGUGUUCAAGGUACCUGGACCUCAAGACGUGCCACGACACUCGCGGAAGAAUUACGAAGCAAAUAGUUUUGAUGCAAGAAACGAACGCAAUGCUGUUGUAAAUUCGACUGCUAUAGAUAGAAACGGGAAACCCCAGAAUAAUAGCGUGAAUGCGCCAGUCGCAAAGCCGAGAAUCGGUCAGCCAGGUUGGAGGAACUUUUCCAAGACCUGCGACUGCAUCGAAAAAGGCAAAACCAGCCCGGUGUUGCGAUUGGCCGAUCAGGCCAGAGCCGUGUCCUCUCCCGAUCCUCUUCAUAGGCCCGAUAACCCCAGAGCUUCGCUACGUUCCGCGACGACCGGUCAAACCCUCAGAAAUCCUUCCGGCGGAUCCGGGCUCAGCGAGACGGGAUCUUUGGACCGGGCAAAGGCCGCGCUCGAGCGCAGGAAAAAGGCCGAGGACGGCGCCGGCAACCCUAUCCUCUGCAGGGUCGAGGUGACCAGGCCGAAUCCCGACUCACUGAUCGACGAGCUGAUAAAAGCAACAAAUCUAGAGCAAACGGAUCUCGAGAGCUCCGAGACGACCGGGCUCCAGCUGUUCAUCGCGAAGGACGGCACGACCGCACUAGGUAGCCACGAGGUGAAGAGCCAGAUGCCCGCCGGUGUGUUCAAGCAGGUGGUGAUGGAGGAGAACAACAGGUAACACGAAGCUAACACGACGAGGAGGCAGUACGCAAGACAAUCCAGCGCCACGUUCUCGUUGGCCCUG